CACAAUCAAAACAAUCAUUUGAUUUGGAGAAAAAAAGAAAAAAAAAGAAAGGCAGAGGAGUUGUGGUGUGGUCAAACCCAACCGUUGAAACAAAUGAUGUUCAGCACGGAAGCAGUGAUCGAGUUUUUGGGAUGUGUGGCGUUGCUUCAGAGGCUUCCCAGCUCCUCUCUCCGUAAAAUCGCUCGUGUUGUUACUGUUAAACAUUACGAUCCUCAAGAGUAUGUUGUUCGGGAAGGAGAGGCCGGGAAUGGAAUUUACUUUAUAUGGGAAGGCGAGGCAGAGGUCUCUGGGUGUUUCCAUACGGAUGAGCAUAAUCGACCGGAGUUCCAACUUAAACGUUAUGACUACUUUGGCAACGCUGUGGCAGUUUCUCUCCAGCAAGCAGAUGUCAUUGCCCUGACUAAGCUGACCUGCUUGGUGCUGCCCCAUGAGCAUUGCAAUCUGUUACAGUCAAAGUCAAUCUGGAGUGCAGAGCAAUCGCUCGAAUCAUGCUCACUCGUCGAGAGCAUAUUGCAUCUUGAGCCUAUAGAAGUCAACAUUUUUAAAGGGAUCACAUUGCCUGAUGCUCCAAGAUUUGGGAAAGUUUUUGGAGGGCAGUUCAUCGGACAGGCAUUGGCUGCAGCAUCAAAAACUGUUGAUUCACUUAAGAUUGUUCAUAGCUUACAUGCGUACUUCCUUCUUGUUGGGGAUCUUGAAAUCCCAAUUAUAUACCAUGUUCAUCGUGUACGUGAUGGCAAUAGCUUUGCUACUCGAAGGAUAGAUGCAAUACAGAAGGGAACUGUGGUAUUCACAAUGAUAGCAUCAUUUCAGAAGGAAGAAGUAGGGUUUGAUCACCAGUUAUCGUCAAUGCCUGCUGUCCCUGAUCCAGAAAUGCUUCUAUCUAUGGAAGAUUUGCGGGAGAGGCGCCUCACUGAUCCCCGUCUUCCGAGGACUUACCGCAACAAAGUUGCCACAGCAAAGUUUAUUCCUUGGCCCAUCGAUAUAAGGUUUUGUGAGCCUAGUAAUUCAACCAACUACGAUAAACGUCCUGCAAGUUUGAGGUACUGGUUUAGAGCGAAAGGAAAACUCUCAGAUGAUGAGGCUUUGCAUAGAUGUGUUGCAGCAUACACCUCAGAUCUGAUAUUUUUAAGUGUCAGUCUGAAUCCUCAUCGCGGAAAGGAUAUAAAGACUACCUCUAUUAGCUUGGAUCACUCGAUGUGGUUUCACCGGCCUAUCAGAGCUGACGAGUGGUUACUGUUUGUGAUAACAAGUCCUACUGCAUACAAUGCCCGUGGAUUUGUCAGUGGGGAAAUGUUCAACAGAAAAGGGGAGCUUGUUGCAUCUAUAACUCAAGAGGGCUUAUUAAGGAAGGCCAGACCGCCCCCAACUCCUGCUUUAUCGAAGCUGUAAAGUUUCACUGCACUCCACUUUGCAAAGAACGAGUUUGUCUUAACACAUGGGUCCUGGGUAUCUCAUAUUAUUGAUCAAAUACUUUGAAGUUGAACUACUCAUAGCCAGAAGUUAUCUACAGUUAUUUAGGUCCCUUUGGAUGUUUAGAAUGUCAAGCAAGGGAAAUGCUUGCUUUCGAGUCCAAAUGAAGUCUUGGCUUAGUUUUACAUUUGGGUCUAUAUUCUUUUCGCAUAUCUUUGUAAUUGUGUAUUGCGACCUUUGGAAGGAGAAUCGGGGAUGAAAAUUGAGUUUUAUACUCCCUAUAAUAUAAUAGAAUAAGAAUAUUCAGCUUGGUUA